AUGGCACCGAGCGACGCGGAUACAGUUCACACUCCCCUUCUGUCCAAUACUCCUUCCCCACCAGACAACACGCUCAGCCAGAAUCCGCCGGCCGAAGAUGACGUUGCCGCAACUCCGCCGGCAGGCACAGAAGUCGAGGUGCCAAUGGCGGUGCGGAAGCGCCUCUACGUCUCGCAUUUCCUCUCAACAUGGAAUUCGCGCGUCUUUGAGUUCGGUGCCGUGCUUUACCUCGCGUCCAUCUAUCCUGGGACCUUGCUGCCGAUGUCGGUGUAUGCGUUGAGCCGGCAAGCAUCGGCCAUAGUCUUGUCUCCGGUCAUCGGGCGAUUCAUCGACAACAGCAACAGGCUCAAGGUCGUGAGGCUGUCAAUUGUCCUACAAAGAUUUACCGUUGCAACUUCUUGCGCCCUCUUCUGGUUCCUGGCCACAGGAUGGAGCUGGGUCAAGGCUCUGCAGUCCGGCGCACUGGCUAUUCUGGCAGUGCUUGCUUGCAUUGAGAAGCUUUGCGCUAUUAUGAACCUUAUUUCAGUUGAGAGGGACUGGGUCGUUGUGAUUGCCGAAGAGAAUGAAGGAGCUCUGAGAGUCUUGAACGCACAGAUGCGCCGAAUUGACCUCAUUUGCAAACUUGCCGGACCAUUCUUCAUCUCCAUCCUCGACGGCGUAUCAACCGAAAUCGCCAUCCUGGUCAACCUCGGCAUGAACCUCGCCUCCAUCCUCAUCGAGUACUUCGCCAUCGCCCGAGUCUACCAAAUCGUCCCCGCCCUCCAACAACCCAAAUCCUCCUCCUCCUCCUCCACUCCCCACUGCCCCCGCAGCAAUGGCCUCCUCCAAACCAUCACCCACGACCUAACAACCUACUUCCGCCACCGCGCUGUGCUGCCCUCUUUCGCAGGGGCCCUGCUCUACCUCACCGUGCUCUCCUUCUCGGGCCAGAUGGUCACGUACCUCCUCUCCGCCGGCUUCAACUCGAUCCACAUCGCCAUCGCGCGCACCGUCUCCGUCGCCUUCGAGCUCUCCGCGACGUGGAUAACGCCGCGCGUGAUGGCCCGCAUAGGGCCGAUCCGGACGGGUAUCUGGUUCGUCACGUGGCAGUCGCUGUGUCUGGCAGGUGGUGCGUCUGUGUUCUGGGGCGUGCAGGACAGGCCACUGGUGGCGGCGGGGGGCUUGGUCGCGGGGUCGAUUUUGAGUCGGGUGGGGUUGUGGGGGUAUGAUCUUUCGGCGCAGGUUAUCAUCCAGGAGGAAGUCGAGGCCGACCGCCGCGGCGCCUUCUCGUCGGUCGAAGCGUCCUGGCAGAGCGCCUUCGAGCUGUGCUCGUACGCGUCGACGAUCGUCUGGGCGCGGCCGGACCAGUUCCAGUGGCCGGUCUUGCUGAGCUGUGUGGCUGUGUUCAGUGCGGGCGGGCUGUAUGCGUCGUUUGUGCGCGUGCGGAGGGGACAUUUGCUGCAUUUCUCGAAGUGCAUCGAGCACCGGCCGGGUAAGGGAAGGCAGGGGCACGACGGGGCGCAGGGGUAUGAGAGGCUGGUGCAGUCGCCGAAUGUGUGA